AUGUUAAUAAAUAACCAAAAAUACUCCUGCGAAGCCUGCAUCCGCGGCCACCGCGUAACAACCUGCAAACACCAUGACCGCCCCUUAACAAAAAUAAACCGCAAAGGCCGCCCCUUCUCAACAUGCAGCAUCUGCCAUCGAACCCCGUGCGCCGUGCCUGAUGAACAUGCUAGAUUAAGG